GACCAAUGACCAACCGUUUCCAACCGCUUUCGUUGAGCGUUUUAUUAAUUAACCGCUUUCGAAAUUUGUGUUUUUCAGUAUUUUUAUUAUUUUACCGUACGAUAAGCAACGUGAUUGCGACGAGUUAAGAUCGCGUGGUGAUUAACUAAGCUGUAUAUCAGCUGACGUCGAGGCGUAAAAUUUGAAAUGUAGCGUACGAUGAAGUGAAUGGGCAGGUGAACGAGUACAUUCUUUGUGUUCAAACGUCCUUUAUGCGGGUCGAGACGUUUCGAAAUUUAUCGGAAUGAGCACAGUACAAGAUAAAAACGAGCGUAAAAAACGCUCGCUGGAAGCCGGCAGAGAAAUGUUGGAAAAAUACAAGGCAAGGCGAUCUAAAGACACAAGUACAAAUACACAAUGCAUGGAACAAUCUGACGACGAAUUAUUACACAACGAAAAAUCUACAUUGGUUAAAGAAUCUGGAGUAAAUGAAGAUAUAUCCUCGAGGGAUAUAACACACAGCAGUGUUAGUAUAAGCGAGGGAGAACCAGAUGCUGAUUUGGAAGGAUUAGCAGGUCGUGUUGCAGAAUUGGAAGAACUGUUGCAAGGGAAAGAAGCUAUAGUUGGAGCUUUAAAUGCGGAAAUUGAUCAUCUACGAGCUGAAACAUCCUCUCCAAAUUCAUCACAAAGCCAGAGCAGCAGUGUACAUGGAAAAGAUAUUAUACCUUUGUAUCAUAUAAAAUUGCAAGAGUUUGAAAAUGCACUAUGUGAACGUGAUACUUUAAUAGAACAGUUAACAGUAUCUUUAGAACAAGCGUUAUCUGCCAGAAGUGCUCUCACAGGACAACUUAAUGCCUUAAACACCCUGCAGUUAGACAAUCCUAACAUGAACUUGCAGCAAAAGAUUGAAGCGCUGGAAACAACAAUGGACGAUAAAGAAACGUUAAUUUGUCGAUUGAACGCGCAUUUGACAGACAUUCGUAAACAUGUACAAACGUUGGAAAUGGAAAGAGAAACGCGAAAUGCCGAAAUCAAUGAUUACAAAAUACAGAUAAAUAAUCUAACUGAACAAGUUCGUCUGAGUGCCACAGAGAAAAAUUUAAACAUUGAUGAGACCUUGGCACAACAGAAACAAUAUGAAGCACGUAUUGACAAAAUCAAACAGGAUAUGCAGCAUAUUUUGAACAAAUUUACCACUGUAACAAAUGCCAAUGCAACGCGCCACCAGCAAGAGUUAAAAGAAUUAACUCUAAAAAAUGAAGCUGAAAUUGUUAAUACAAAAGCCAAAUAUGAAGAAAACAUCAAAGUAUUGAAGGAUGAAAAUAAAAUAGUAACUGAUCGUUUAAACAAAGAAUUGCUGAACUUGGAAAGCAGGCACGCCAAGGAAUUAUCCGUCUUCCAAACGCAGCUGGCCCAUUAUAAGAAAACUGUCGAAGCGUUAAAGCUCGAAUUGGUGAAUCACUCCGAAUCACAAAAAAUUGCUCAAUCAGAAGCCCAGUUGUAUAAAUCAAAGCUAGAUGAAUUGAGAUUAGAAGCAGAGAACGAACGACGCAUGCAAAGUUUACAGUUUCAAAAAGAAAAAGAUUUGUUAAACGAGCAAAUUAAACUACACAAAAUUCAACUGGAGGAAAUUACGUCGAAGCACAUUGCAACACUGAGCAUUCUAGAAUCCAAGGAAAGUAUUGAGCGAUCGCUAGAACAGGCUUUAUCAAACGCCGCUACGCUAAAGGAGGAGAAUGACUCGCUGAAAUACAAGCUGGAUGAUUUGUCAUGCAGAUAUUCCGCGGCGCAGUCAAUGAUCGAGAACAGUCAGAUGCAUGAAAGAAAUUUGAGUGGUAGGAUAUAUGAACUGGAGAGAUCUUUAUCGCGGUUUGACGCUACAAGCGUCAGCACAGUUAGCGAACUAGGUGAAACCAUGUACAAAACUUUUGAUGAUGAGGUUCUUCAGCAUCAAAUGAUAAAACGAAAGUUUGAGGAUAAAAUGGAGAUGGAAGCGAAAUUGGUCGAAAAAAUUCAUAUUCUCGAAGAAGAUUUGCACAAAGCGAAUGACAAGCUAAAACAGACCGAUCUCGAGAAGAAGACCUACGAAAAACAACUAAAAGAUAUGAAAAAUACAUGUGACAAGCUGCAACGGGAAGUUAAUUCCUUGAAAGAGAUCAAUCGUGUGACAUCUCAUGAUGAUUCUGUUCAGGAAUAUUUUGAAAACGAUAUUCUGACGAAUGAUGAUUUGGUGCGACGUGUAGAGGUUCAGCAGCAAGAAAUCGAGAGCCUAAAACUACUUAUGGAGCAGAAAGAAACAGAAAAUGAGAAAUAUAAAAAAAAUUUUACUGAAACAACAGAGAGAGCGGAAAAACUGGAAGCACAAUGCGAGCAAUUAAGAGAGGGCUUAGUCCAUGCAUGGGCUCAAUGUGCCGAGUUUGAAGAAAAAUUGAAUCAAACUGCAAUGAGUGAUAGCAGUAAACUCAACAUGUCCUUGAAUAGUACGGCCUCCAAGAACUUUAAGACAAAUCAAAGUUUAGAUGAUAGUACAUCAAAUCAAAAUGUAAUAGAUGAGACAAAAACUCCAGAAUCGAACAUUACUAAUACCAGCACAUUAAUGGAUAAUAUUAACGUGAAAAACAGCGAAAAAGAAGUACAACAAAUUCUGGAAGGCGAAUUAAGCAUAGAUGAGAUUAAGUUUAAAUUAUCUCGUUAUUAUACAUUAUGCGAGAAAAUGAUCACAGCCGCGGAAAAAGCACAGCCCUCGACGGAAAACGCCGCUUUACAAAUGGAGAAGGAAAUGCUAAGUCAAGAAAUCCAGGACAUGAUGAACCGAUAUAAAGAAGAAUUAGAAUCUGUUAAAGCGGAUUCUGCCAAAGAGAUCAACAGAUUGCAGUUGUUGGUGCAGAAUUUCAAGUCAUUUCAGGAUGGGAAUGACAUUAAUGAUAUAAAAGCUGAACUUAAUGCACGCCAUGCUAAGGAGAUGGAGGAACUUCGGACAUACUUCGAACAAAAAUGCUUGCAGAUGGAGAAACAAUAUUCCGAAGAGAUCUUCAGCCAGCAAUCAAAACGAAUUUCUGAUGAUAGUGAAACUGAAGAGCUAACGGAUGAUCUAUAUUAUGGUGGUGCAGGCGAUUGUUUAAACGCAUCCAAUUCUCGUGCAGUAACGUCUGACGCCAACGAGGAAUCUUUGAAGGAUAAGAUCCUAGAUGCUGAAAACCAAGCGCGUCUUGAAACAGAAUAUGAAAAUAGCAUCCAAGCAUUGCGACAAGAAUUGGAGCAUAAAGUAAAGAAAAUUCAAAUUAUCAAGGCUGAUUAUGAGAAAGCAAUCAAAGAUCAAAAAGAAUUGUACGAAUUUCAAAUUCGCGAUCUUGAAGCAAAGCUAGAACGUUCCUUGGCAGUAUCUAUCGUGCACCAGUAUUGUCAGACAGAAUGGGAGACAUUGGAAAAUGAUGAAUUAUCGAGUCUGCGUGACGCUUAUAAUCAUCAGUUGGAAGAACAGAUCGCGCUAGCUAGACAGGACAUUGUCAACGCUCUUCAAGAACAAUUUCAGGCAUUAUUAUCAGUGGAAGCAGAUAAAGAAGAUAAUUGGCCGACCGAAUUGUUAGAACUGCGAGAUAAAUUCACAUGCAACGCUAAGAAAGAAAUUGAGGAAAUAAAAAAGAUGCAUAAUGCUGAAUUAAUUCGUCUGAGAGAUGAACACGCUUGCAGUGUAGCACGAAUGUGCGAGCAAUACCAAAAAGAAAUCGCCAAUCUUAAAACUCAAAAUUCAAGUAAUAAUCAAGAAGUUGGCUGUGUUGAAUCUCUGGAAAAUAAUAUUAUGGAAGAAAGGGAUAAUUUAAAGAAAACAUGUGUGACUCUCAAGAAUUUGAUUGGAGAAUUAGUUAAUUACUUUGCCAUCUGUGAAGAAGAAGUCAACAAUACUCUGAUCAAUGAAGUUCUGAAAAGACAAUUAACAGAAUCUGUCUUUACUCAUGAGGGAAAUUUAAGCAAAGACGACAGUAUUACAUCCGAAACACAAUGCAAAGACCAAAGAUUCAAUCAAACCAACAUUAAAAGAGUCCAUUUUGCUCCCCAAUCCAGCAAAAUAAAUUCCAUUGUUAACAGCGAUAACAAGACAAUGGUUGAGGAAGACAUGGAUGAGAUAUUAAGAAAGGAACUAAAAGCUUGUUUAAGACGUCUGAAAUCGGAUAGCACACAAAUACUCAACCUUUCACUACCAAGCGGCGAAGACAAUAUUGGAUUGUCGUCAAAAGAGACUCUCUUAGCAAACAAUCUUAAUGAAGAACUUUCUUUAAAAUUGAAUCAUGCUGAAGCUUUGAUAAUAAGUUACCAAGAAGAAGCAGAACGAUUAAAAUUGCAUAUUUUAGAAUUACAACAAAAGUUAAUUAGUGCGGAGAACAAAAAAGAAGUAAUCACAGAAGGAUACGGCGAAAGCUAUCUCUCUGGAGUUGAUAUUGCAUUGCAAGACUUUUCACAAGUGCUAGAAAAAGCUAGACAUGUGUUAUCGAAUGGCGGAGGUGACACAUCUUAUUUAUUACAAUUAAUAGAAGAGUUGUGCAGGCAAAAUGACAAACUAUUGGACGACGCUAGAAGGGAAAGGGAAGAUUUGCAACAACAGCAGGUACCUUUAGAACCCACUCCUACCCCAUACAUUCACAGGGUUUGCUGCAAAAAGAUUGAGGCAGCGGACAAGCAAUUGCGAGCGACGCGCCGAUUUCUGGACGAGCAAGCGAGCGAACGGGAGAUGGAGCGUGAUGAAGCCGCAAAGCAAAUUCAACUCUUGCAAGAACAGCUCAAGGAACGCGAGCGUAAAAAGGAGAGAGAUAUACGAAUGAGUUGUGAGCAGUCUGAGCUAUCAUCUGAAAGAACUUCAGGCAUCCCUGAGCUUCAAGCCACGCCCGAUGCAACUGUGGAGGCUCUCGAAUCUCAGGUGAGAGAAAUGUCAUCGUUAAUGUCCGACACGGAGGCAAAGAAGUCGGAAAAGGAGAGUGAAUUGAAAGCUGCAGUGGAUAAAAUAUGGGUCUUACGAGAGAUUAUUGCUGACUUGGAACAACAGUUACAAGUUAAAAUUGAGAGGGAAGAAUCUUUGCAGUUACAAAUCAGUCAAUUGGAAGCCGUGAUAACCGCACAAACAAAAAAUCAGCAGGAUUUAGUUCAAGAGCUGGACACUAUCAAAUCUGGCACUGAAAAUAAACAUUUAAAUGAACAAAUUAAUCUUUUAGAGGAGGAAUUGAAUAAACACAAAUUAAGCUCAGAACACUUUAAUGUCAAUUCGUCCGUUCUGAAGCAGAUAAAAGCAGAACUUCACGAGAUGCAAAAUCAAUUAGACAAAAGGAUCCGAGAAUUGGAAUCCGCGCAUAUGUGCAGUUCCAAUUUGAGCUUGAGUCAGCCGAGUGAAGACGUUUCGAUUAGAGAACAAAUUGACGCAACGAGAUGUUUAACACCAGAUGAUCCGUCCUCACCGCCAAUGUUGCCUCUGGAUCAAGUACUCAAGUUGAAAGAUAAAAUGCUGAAGCAUGCACGCGCGGAGGAAGUAGCUUUUAAAAGAAUCAAAGAUCUAGAUAUGCAAUUGACAGCGAUGAAGAAUCAGAAUGAAGAAUUACUAGCGGAGCAGGAGAUUUUACAUCAGACAAUAUCCGAACAAUUAUUCCAGAUUGAAGCGAUGCGCAGUCGCUUAGAACAACACAGGCAAAGUGCUCCAUUCGCUCAGAAACAGGCAACAUCUCGUUUAGAAUUACAAUUGCACGAAGCUACUACAAAGUAUCACUCAUUGGAGCAAACUAUUACUAACAAAGAAAUAGAAUUGAAAGAAUUGAAAACUCAACUCGAAAGAACCAAUCAAAUGCUGGCGGAGAAGGAAACAGAAAUGGAAAACUUCUUACAAUCGGAAAAUAGCGCAUUACGAAAGAUUGAUCAACUGAAAGAUCAAUUAAAACUCGUUCAGGAGGAAAAGAAAAUGUUGCAAGUAAAGCUUGGAACCCAAGAACAUGCUCAAUCAGAACUGCCGCAAUUGAUUGACACCAUGUUGGCAGAUAAGAACGAAGAAAUUGAUCAUUUAAAGGAGCAAUUAUCUAGAAAGGAGAAACAAUUAAACGCCUAUUCAUCGCUUGCUUUGGACGAUACGCAACUGAGGGAUUUGACGAAACAAGCAGAAGCCAAGAACAGCGCGCGAACAUUGAGCGAUAUCCUUUCUAUACAUUCAGAAUGCGAGGAAUUCCCUGAAGCUAUUCGAGCUAUUAGUGCAACGCACAUGACAUCGCAAAAUAUUUCCAACAUUAAAGUUCCUACAUCGAAAAAUACAUUAACUGUAAAUACUUUCGAUACUGCAGAGGUAUCGUUACUCAAUGUAGAUAAAAUAGAUGCUCAAGUUCCACCGUUGGAUUUAGAUUCACGCACACAUAGCUUCAGUGACGUCCGUCACUCAGAAAUUGAGUUGCAUCAUACCGAAGGCGAAUCAAAAUUGUCAUCUCCCAAGAACAAUGAUAUCAGCGAAGAUUCUCGACGAACCGAUGAAUUACUUAAUGAAAAGAUGAAAGAAAUUGAGAACUUGUCAAGUCAACUGCAAAUUCUGCAGCAGGAACUGGAACUGAAGUCUGAUGCUUUAAAUAAACAUGAAAUCGAGUUGGAUUCCAUGCAGAAACAGUAUCAAGAGAUGGAGGAUGAGUAUAAAGAAAUUGUUGAAAACUUGGUACGAGAUAAAAAUUUUUAUAAAAGUCAAUAUGAAUUGAGUCAAGCGUCAGAGAGUAAAAUAAAGAAAGAUCUGGAAGAAGUUGAGAAUAUUUUAAAAUUGAAGACAGAUGAGCUCGAAGAUCACAAGAACAAAAUGCAAGUAAAUGAAAGGAUCAUCACGGAAUUGAAUAUGAAGAACUCAAAGCUGAAGAAAGAGAUAACAAUUAGAGAGACGGAUCAAGUAAAAAAUAACUUGUUACUGCAAGAUAAGACACAGGAACUACAAAGAUUCAAGGAACUUAUUCUGGAGAAAGAUAUCGCAUUGGAGACUCUUCAAACACGCAAUGUUGAAAUCGAGAACGAGAACAAACAGUUGUACGAGUUCAAGACAAAGUUUCAUGCGCAUGAACAAGAAAUUGCCGAAUUGCAAGACGAGAUCUUGCGAUUGACAGACGGUUUAAAUAAUCGAGAUCAGGUUAUCCGUAAAUUAGAGGAGAUAGCAAAACGAACAAGCGACGUUCACUCAGGUGCAUCAUCACCCUCAUCUUCUAUAAGUAAUAAAGACCAAGAAAUCCAUCAUCUACAGGAGUUUUUGAAAGAAAAGGACAAAGUAAUUAGGCAGAUGAGCGACGAUAGUAAGAGCUUGCAGCAAGCGUUGGAAACUAUUCAGAACAAGAUGAAGGAAUCUGGUAAUGUUGUGGAACUAAGAAGAAAAUUGAAGGAUGAACGCAAGGUGAACGAGGAUUUGAAAAAUAUAGUGCAACAAUUACAGAAGGAGUUAGAAUUAAAAGAUGCAUCUGCACAAUGCUCGCAGGAUGAUAGCGAUAUUGAAGAUAUGGUCCAACGGGAACUGAAUCUCUCCGCGCGAUUGGAUAAGCAAAUUAUGCAGGUCAUUAAAAACGAUGGCAACGAAGAGAUAGAAGGAGCGACGAAAGAAUGUCAGCAGAAGUUGAACGAGAUCAAUUUAGACAAUAUGGAGCUGAAGAAACUGAAAGAGGAUCUUGAAAUCGAUUGUGAUAUAAUGAAACAUCGGAUCGCCCAAUAUGAGAAUCGUAUUCUGCAAUUGAAGACUGAUUUAACAGAAGAGACAAAGAAAGUAGUCAGACUAGAUCAGGAACUUAUGUCCGAGAGAAACACAAUAAAGUUCUUAAGGAUGCAGAUAGAAGAACAUCGUCGAAAGACAGAAAUGGGACGAGUUCAAGAUACCAAUUUAAUCGAAUUUUUGCAGAAAAAACUGGUAAUCUCUCUGGAGAACGAGGGAAAGCUUCGUAAUGAUCUAGCAUCGAUGAGGCAACAGCAGAUUAAUCUAGAAUCACAAUUUACGUCCAUGAAGAAAUUGAUAGAAACUGAAAACAUUAAUCUGUCAAACUUUGCUACAGCUGCACAGAAUAAACCAGAGAGGACAAGCGAUCCCAAGGAAAGUCGUGAUAACAAUACAGAGUUGCGGGAAAAUAUAAAGAGAUUAGAAACUGAGGUGAGUACAUAUGAAAAGCGAUUGGAAAUCGCAACAGAAGAACAAGAAAAAUUGAUCAGCAGCCUAACAUUAGCUAAUGGAAUGAAGGAAAUUAUGGAAGCGAAUCUGAAUAGAACUAUGAAAGAAUUGAAAGAACGGGAAGAAGAGCUUGAUUAUCUGCAGAAGCAGCUAAAAAUGAUGACAGAAGCUGAAAAUAACAAACGAGACACUGAACUGGACGAAAUCAAAAUAUUGCGCAGAGAAAUUAGCAUCGCUCGUGAAACUAAGAUAAAUCUAGAGGCUGACAUAAAUCUUGCAAGACAAAAACUGAAGGAAUCCGCAGAUCGAGAGCUGAAGCUUACACAUAUGGUGGAAUCCUUGAAAGAACGAGAAACAGAUUUUAAUACGAAACUAAUGAUUGCAAAAGAGAAGGAAAAGAGCCUAAAGGAUUGGAUCGAGAAUUUGCAACCAAACUUAAAAGUCAUUGCCGAAAAAGAAGAAAAUAUAAGGAAGCUGGUGAAUUUCAACACAGAUACACCUGCAAGCUCUGUACAGAGGAUUAAAGACUUAAAUGAAUUAGUCGAGAGAUACUCUGUCGAGAAGAACAAUCUUGAACAAGAACUCGACAAGAUGAUGGUAGAUAAGGAAAUGUUGAUGAAUCGUGCGAAGGUACUCGAAGGAGAGAUAAAGAAACUGAAAAGCGCACAGGCUCCUACAUCCAACAAUUCAACAACAGUUCCUAUUGAAAGGUUGCAAAAACUUUACGGCUCAUACUUACGAGUAGACAGUAGACGAAAGGCAUUGGCAUACCAGAAGAAAUAUUUGCUGUGCAUCGUUGGCAGUUACCAAUAUUGCGAGGAGAACACAUUAAGUGUGCUCGCGCAAUUGACUCAAUCUCAACGCAUUUACACGCGAUUGUCGCAUAAGAAAAAAGUGCGGUUCAGGAUCGCCGUGUUAACAAUAGUCAGUAUAUACAGGAUGAAAUGGUUGACUCAACGUUGGCGAAUAGGAAAACGCGUGGGUGCUAAUGCUAUUAUAGGUAGUGUAGAUCAAUUAGUAAUUGAUGCGCCGCCUACCAUAAAAAUUGCGUCGAAUUAUUCUCCACCAGUGAGAGAAAGGACGACAAAUAAAUUAAGCGGAUUGAAUACCAUCAAACAGUAUUAUCAAGAAGUAAAAAAUUUCCAGGGGAUACUUGACGCAGCUUGGGCAGAGACAGGAACUAGUCAUAUUAUCUCAGAAUAACAUAUUUUUAAAACUUGUAGGAGAGAGGAAAGAGAAGGGAGAAAUUUAGAUAUAGUUAGCAUUAAGAAUAUUAUGUAAUCAUUUAAAACAAUGUUGCAUCAUAUAGGUCGUGUUUCUUAAA